AUGCGCAGUGGGAGACCGGGCCUAGGCCCCCGCGCCCGCUGGGAGGCCUCGCGCAUGCGCGACAGGGCGGUGGCGCCGGCUGGGGCCCCCUCUUGGGUGUCCGCGCCGCCGCCCGACCGUUCGAGGGUCCGAUCGCGAGCCCCGCCUCGUCCUGCCCGGGAGGCUCGGCGCCGAGGGGUCACCCAGCGCCCCCAGACUUGCCUUAAAUCGGGCAUCUGCGUGAACACUUCGCAGGCCGCAAGGGCCUCGGGCCUUGCUGUCCCGACGCCGGCGACCAUCCGAGAUAGUAAAGGAAAAAUCAAACCGAGCUCGCAAAUAGCGGCUCCCUCGAGAGCCCCUCGGUCGACUCGCCAUUGAAGUGCUGUGACGGAGGGCAUGGAGCGGCUGCUGAGCUCGUCUGAAGACCAGAGCCGGCGAAAUGCGCCCUUGAGCGCUGCCUUCGUUCAGGAAAAAAAAAGGUUUUAUGACUUGCAGGGUGAACAUGGUAAGAGCUCUCGAAUGGAGAGGUUUCAUGCAAGUCAAGGGUGGCUGGUGAAAUUCCAGCACUUCAAGAUGAACAGCGCAACUCCCAGCAACAGAGACAGGUACCCCGAAAUGCUGAAAAGCAUCAUGGAAGAAGAUGAGUACAACUCCCCCAUACCCCAAGUCUUUAAUGUGGAUGAGACAGGACUUUAUUGGAAGAGAAUGCCUCAAGGAACGUUUAUUUCUGAGGAAAAGAAUGCUGAGCCGCAAUUCAAGUCAUCCAGAGGUCGCUUGAUGCUGCUGCGUGGCAAUGCCACAGGGGAUUUUAAGUUGAGGCCCUUACUGCCGGACCGCUGGGAAACCCUCAGGGCUCGAAAGGGGUACUCCAAGCCCAAUUUGCCUGUGAUUUUGCGCUCCAACAGAAAGGCUUGGGUGACCAGGAGCAUCUUUCAUGAAUGGUUCACUUACUUUCCUUGCCCUGCCAUUGAAAAAUACUGUGCCCAAAAUAAUCUCACCACAAAGCAUCGCUCAUACUAGACAAUCUGCCACGUCACCCUGUAAAUUGGAGUGAUUUUUCUGAUAAUGUAAGAGUAGAACACAUUCAUGACUGCAACUGACUCAAUCCAGCCCAUGGCUCAAGGUGUAGGCUCUACCUUCAAAGCGCAUUACCUGAGGACUUCUGAGCACUUCCUACAAGCAACAGAUGGUGAGGUUACAGCUAUGAUCAGGGAAUUUUGGAAAAAUUGCAACCUCAUGGAUGCUGUGGACAACACUGCUAUCGCUUGGGAGUAUCUCAAACCAGCAAUAAUGAACAGUGUGUGGAAGAUUUGGCCUGAGUGGGUUCAGGUCCAGAAUCUUUCCCAGGCAGACAACAUUGCACAGCCUCAAAAGCACAUUGUGACCCUUGCCAGAAACAUGGCCUUUUAAGAGGUUGCUGAGGCUGCCGUGGGCCAGCUGCUGCAAUCCCAUGAAGAGCUCUCAAAUGAGGAACUGAUGCAGCUGGAACAGGAGCGGGGAGUGGCGCAGAGGAGGGUGAAGAAGCUCCCUCGCACAGCAGCAGCUAACCACAGUUGGACUGUGGGCAGCCCGCGAACACUUGGAGGCUGGCUUGCUGGUCCUCACUAGUCACAGCCCUGAUGACGAGUGGGAACUGAGAGUUUCACGAGCCAUCAAUAAUGCAAUAAACUGCUGCCAGGAGCAGUACAGCCAGAAAAAGUGCCACUCAAAACAACUCCCUCAGGUCAUUUUUCAGUGUGUGUAACCAAAAGUUAAUCAGAAUAAAGCAGAAGCCCCAAGAUGGCCUCAGCAGUAGAGGCAGGGAGGCCGCAGCUUUGCAGUGUUUGACAUCCUUGGAAAUGUUACUAUUUCCAUUUUGAUACUUGAGAGUAUCAAUUUUGUCAGUAACACUUUAUUUAAAUACACACUUUAAGGAGCUCAUUUUUGUGUAGGAAUAGUUAGGAAAACUUUUUUUUCUUUGAGACAGGGUCUUGCUCCAUCACCCAGGCUAAAGUGCAGUGGUGGGAUCUUGGCUCACUGUAGCCUCCACCUCUGAAGC